GUAACGGUCUUAAACACUUAGACAGUAUGAACAUUUUUAUUCUGUUUAUUAUUGAAUGUUCUUGUUUUUCUCUCUGAUCCUCAGUCCACAAUAUAAAUGCAUGCUUUGUUCUUAAUCUCCAUAUCUGAAACGCUUUAGUGGAACAUAGUGAGAGGCAGAAAGGAUGGGAAACAACAUAGCAACAUACAACAAAUACAAAAGUUUAUUGUUCUUUAUCAGAAAGUACAAGUUCACCGAGCUGCUUCUGCGUGCCACCGAACUGCUUCCACCGCAGGACCUCAAGGAGGCGUUUUCAAAGUUCACUGGAGGAGGGUCCUACAUGUCCGCGGAGCAGCUCCACGGUUUCCUGAUGGAGCAUCAGGGGCAAGUGAGAAAGACAUGUCAAGAAACUGUUAAUAAGGUUGAUCAAAAUAGAGAACAUGAGAUCACCCUUGAUGAGCUCUUCCGUUUUUUGCUUCAUGAUGAUUCCAACGCUCCCUUGAAAGCCGAGGUACAUCAUGAUAUGGGUGCUCCAUUGUCACAUUAUUUCAUAUAUACAGGCCAUAACUCCUAUUUGACAGGGAAUCAACUCAGCAGUGACUGCAGUGAAGAACCAAUCAUAAAGGCUUUGAAAAGAGGCGUGCGUGUUAUUGAACUUGAUUUAUGGCCAACUUACAAUAAGCAUGAUAUUAAAGUAGAUCAUGGAUGGACUCUUGCCAACCCUGCCUCAGUUAUUAUAUGUCUAGAAUCCAUAAAGGAAUAUGGUUUUGUUGCAUCUCAAUACCCAGUGAUCAUAACUAUAGAAGACCAUCUUACAACAGAUCUUCGAGCUAAAUUUGCAGAAAUGGCAACUCAAAUAUUUGGGGAAAUGCUUUUUUACCCUGGGGCAGAUUGCUCUUGCUUAACAGAAUUCCCUUCCCCGGAAUCACUAAAAAAUCGAGUUAUUAUAUCAACGAAACCCCCGAAAGAACGUUUUAAGUCCUACCGUAUCAAGGACAAUCCUAUGCUAAAUGAAAGUGAAUCAUCUGAAGAAGAAUCAUGGGAAAAUGAAUCUCCAGACUCCAAUAAGAACGAAGUGGAGACCGAGGACAUGAAUGGAAGUGAUCAUGAUGAGGGAAAUGAAAGUGCAUGUGAAUGUGCCCGCAAACCAUAUCAGGUGUGUUCACCUGAUUACAAACACAUAAUCACUAUCCAUAAUACGAAACUCAAGGGUUGCCUGAAGGAUAAAUUGAAAACAGACGGUGAAGUUAGACGCCUAAGUUGGAGUGAGAAGACCCUUGAAAAGGCUUCAGAAUCUCAUGGAACAGAUAUUCUUAGGUUCACACAGAAAAAUAUCCUCAGGGUUUACCCGAGUGCAAUGCGUGUCAAAUCCUCAAAUUUCAAGCCAAAUAUUGGGUGGAUGUACGGGGCUCAAAUGGUUGCAUGCAAUAUGCAGGGGCUUGGCAAAUCGCUCUGGUUGAUGCAGGGUAUGUUCAGGGCAAAUGGAGGCUGUGGUUAUGUAAAGAAGCCUCAAUUUCUAAUGCAGAAGUAUCACUGUGACAAUGAGUUUGAUCCUACAAGGAUACAGUCAGUGAAGAAGAAGACAUUUAAGGUAAAAGUAUACAUGGGACAUGGGUGGAGCUCAGAUUUGAGUCCUACACACUUUGAUAAGUGCUCUCCGCCAGACUUCUACACUAAGGUUUGUAUUGUUGGAAUGCCAGAUGAUGUUGCAAAGAAGAAAACAAAGGUUAUGAUGGACAAUUGGUUUCCUGUUUGGGAUGAAGAAUUUGAAUUCUCUUUAAUUGUUCCAGAGCUUGCAUUGCUUCUCAUACAAGUAAAGGACAAAGAUCCUGGAAAGGAUGAUUUUGCUGGACAGACAUGUUUGCCAGUUUCGGAGCUAAAACAUGGAUUUCAUUCAGUCCCUUUAUAUAACAAAAAGGGAGAGAAAUUUAAAUCUGUAAAGCCAUUGAUGCAGUUUCAGUUUGAAUGAAUUGUAGCAGCAUGCUGUCUCCACCUAUGGCUCUAACAUUACAUGGUUUGACCACUUGACUGCUACAAUUUGUUUGUCGUAAACUCAUAAUUAAUCAGUGAACAAUUUAUAAUGCAUAUUGCUAAUUUAAAUUUAA